AUGAGAGAUUUCACAAUCUGGGCCGGUAUUCUCCUGGCCGCCGGUGGUCCCUCCCUGGUCAACGCCACGUCUCAGCUCACCUCUGAUUCCGCAGCGACUUCAGUCACGCUCCUGACGCCUACCCCCACCACGGUCAGUACCAAGCUUCCACCGCCGGCCUCCGCCCGUACCGACUGCUUCCGCUCGAUAAGAAGGUUCCGGGUUCCGCCUCCGCUUCCCACUUCGUCUGAAAUCACCACUACCGGCUCACUCUCGGCGGCGAUCUCGGAGUCUACUGGCAUACCAAGCCACAUCAUUAUGCAGCAUAAAUGGUUUAGUCAGAUGACUAAAUCCUUGCCGGGCUUGACAUCCCAAAGCGCUGCCGCCGCCUCACUAGAGCCCCUGACUACUGCCACCCCUACCACCAACACCGUUGCCUCUUACACAAACACCACGACCACCGCGAAACCCACUCAGACGAGCGGCGUCCCAGUCAAAUGCAUCGGCAAGAAGUGCCUCUCCAGGCCGGGCCAGCGGGUUCGUUGUGGCCCCAAGAGGCCUUCCUCUCCCAAGAGGGCUCGAAUCCCCAAGAAGCCAAAGAACACCAAGACCACAACGUCCUCGCGGGCCACCGUCACGGUCACCCGGACCGCCGUCCCUUCGUCCGGAUCUCAGGCGGCCGUCACUCCCUCAGCCACCCCGGCCGUUGGCAAGACCCUUGCUCCCAGGCUCCUGGAGGAGCCUGGUGCUGACGUUGAGGGCCUAAAGGUUCCAGUCUCGACUCGCACGAGACCUACGGACCUCAAGUCCCGGGUUGCGCACACCAUGUCUAAAUCCAAGCGAGAGCUUCCCGUGCAGUCGGCCCACGCUGCCGACCUCAAAGUUAACGAGGAGGGUCAGGCCGACACGACCCUUCUUGCCGUCGCUUACUCGACCCCGGCUACGACCUCGAGCCCGGGCCCGACCAUCUACAGCCGUCGCCGCUGCACCCGCACCAGGCGACCAAACUGCUGCUCGCAGAAAACCACGUCCACCUCUUCUUCCGUAUCCACUGCCACCCCGUCCGGCUCUUCUACGUCCUCCAGUAUCGGCCCUGUCACCGUGACGGUCACCAUCACUCCGUCUGCUACCUCGACUUUGACUCUCUCGACUGCCUCGAUUUCGACUUCCUCCACUUCGACUUCAACUUCGACUUCGACUUCCUCUUCCCCCGCCAAUCGCGUCACAGUCACAGUCACAGUCACUGCAACCCCCGAGCACACCCCGACCUACAUUCUCAACCCCGCCCCUACCCGCGCCUUCGGGGCUCAUGAAGACGACAGCCUCAGGGAGCUCCCGCCCGUGAUCAGGACCAGAGUCGCCAUGCGAAUCAACGACGCCGUCUCUCGCGCGUUGAAGAAGCAACCAAAGACCGGCACUAGUGGAAAGCCCACUGGAAAGGUCCUGGCUACCAAGGCGCCCAAGGCUAGUCAGACGGCCCAGGCCACGAAGAAGAUCUGA